CCUGGCUCUUCUAUAAGGCGCAUACAUUGGACCUGCGUAUCACCGGCACAAUUUAGGUUCAGUCGAGCCCCAGGGACCGGAGCUGCAACCGGACUUUUCUUUUGAUGUUCCACAUACAUGCCAUUAUCCAUAGACGGCUGUCAUAUUCUAUUACCAGUAAAUGGGGGAUGGUCGGUGUUACAUUCCUUUGUAGGGCCUGGGUUUCCGGGCUUCCGAGGACAGACAAGCUUGCAGGUGGCGAGCAUGCCUUUAGCCUUUAGCCUUUGUCAGACAGAUGGUAUGUGGGCAUCAUCGAUUAAUCAAGUAUCGAAAGCGAUUACAGGAAUAAUGCCCUUGAAUUACUACAGUUAUAGCAC